CAGGAGGUGCCUGAGCUUCCUCAUCAGCUGCAGCCACCAUGCGCGAGAGGGCCUGGGACCUGUGCCUGCUGCUUCUGCUUGCGCUGGGGGUCCGGGGCCUGCCCCCACCCUGUGAGAGCCAGAUUUACUGCCACGGGGAGCUUCUGCACCAAGUUCAAAUGGCCAAGCUCUACCCGGACGACAAGCAGUUCGUGGACAUGUCGCUGACCUCAGCUCCAGGUCAGGUGCUGCAGCACUUCCACGAGCUGGCCAGCACCCACAACCACAGCAUCCCCCGGCGGCAGCUGCAGGCGUUCCUCCAGGAACACUUCCGGGCCGUGGGGCAGGAGCUGCAGCCCUGGACGCCCGAGGACUGGAAAGACAGCCCCCGGUUUCUGCAGAAGAUCUCGGACCCCAAGCUGCGUGUGUGGGCAGAGCAGCUGCACCAGCUCUGGAAGAAGCUGGGAAAGAAGGUGAAGCCAGAGUUCCUCCAGCACCCUGAACGGUCCUCCCUGAUCUACUCACAACACCCCUUCGUGGUGCCCGGCGGGCGCUUUCUCGAGUUCUACUACUGGGACUCCUACUGGGUGAUGGAGGGCCUGCUCCUGUCGGAGAUGCCCCAGACGGUGAAGGGCAUGCUGCAGAACUUCCUGGACCUGGUGCGAGUCUAUGGGCACGUCCCCAACGGGGCCCGCGUGUACUACCUGCAGCGCAGCCAGCCCCCGCUCCUGACCCUCAUGAUGGACCGCUAUGUGGCUUACACCAACGACACCGCCUUCCUCCGGGACAGCGUGGGGGUCCUGGCCUCGGAACUGGACUUCUGGGCCGAGAACAGAAGCAUCUCUGUGCUCCUGGGGGAAAGGAGCUACGUCCUGAAUCGCUAUCAUGUCCCUUACGGGGGACCCAGACCAGAGUCCUACAGCAAAGAUGCCGAGCUGGCGGGCUCCCUGCCAGAAGGGGACCCGGAGGCCUUGUGGGCUGAGCUCAAGGCAGGGGCCGAGUCUGGCUGGGACUUCUCAUCACGCUGGCUCGUUGGAGGCCCAGACCCUGACCUGCUCAGCAGCAUCCGGACCAGCAAACUUGUGCCUGUCGACCUCAAUGCUUUCCUGUGCCAGGCAGAAGAGCUGCUGAGCAACUUCUAUGCCAGGCUGGGGAACGACUCCCAAGCCAGAAAGUACAGACGUUUGCGGGACCAGCGCUUGGCUGCCCUGACGGCCGUCCUUUGGGAUGAGGAGAAAGGUGCCUGGUUUGACUACGACCUUGAAAACGGAAAGAAGAACCUGGAGUUUUACCCGUCCAACCUCGCUCCUCUCUGGGCCGGCUGCUUCUCCGACCCCAGCGUCGUGGACAAGGCUCUGAGCUACCUGGAGGACAGCCAGAUCCUGACCUACCAAUACGGGAUCCCCACCUCCCUCCGGAAGACGGGCCAGCAGUGGGACCUCCCCAACGCCUGGGCCCCCCUACAGGACCUGGUCAUCAGAGGCCUCGCCAAGUCCCCGGCACCAAGGGCCCAGGAAGUGGCUUUCCAGCUGGCGCAGAACUGGAUCCAGACCACCUUUGCUGUCUACUCCCGAGAGUCGGCCAUGUACGAGAAGUAUGACAUCAGCAACGGCGGACAGCCAGGUGGUGGAGGGGAGUAUGAAGUCCAGGAGGGGUUUGGCUGGACCAACGGCGUGGUCCUGAUGCUCCUGGACCGCUACGGCGACCGGCUGCGCUCGGGAGCCCCGACAGCUGUCCUGGAGUUCCAGUGCCUGGCAGCUGCCCUCCUGCUUAGCCUCCUGCCGCAGUGACGGCCUCGCUGCCCUCUGGCCUCCGUCCCUCCUCUGGCUCCAGCUCCCGCCUCAUUAAACCUGCGCG